CGCGAGCAUGGCGGAUCGAAGGUCGAGAGAACCAUCAAGGGAUUACGAUAGAGACUGGAGGGACAAUAGAUAUGAAGGGCGAAGGGAAGACCGGCGUGAGGAGCACCGCCAUGGUGAGGAACGGAGGGAAAGUUCUCGCGAACGAGGUUACCACUCUGGCGAUUACCGACGAAGAGGACCGCCAACCUGCUUCGAAUGCGGUCAGGAUGGAAGUAUCAAUGGCAGUCGGGAGACUGGAAGGCCAAGUCUGCGGGAAGAUUCUUCAGGCAAUCGGGACAACAGCAGUACGCGGCAAAGGCAAGCAGCAAAUGGCCUCACCAUCAGGAUCACACAGUGGAAGCGAGAGUGAGGGGAGCGAAGUGGAAGAAAUUAGUAAGCUGACGAGGAAGAUGGCUAUUACCGAAAAGCGAAAGCGGAGUGCUGAGAAGGCUAUCGGGAAUAACCCGCCAAUGGAACAAGCAGCGAAGCAAAUACCGAGGACACCGGGGGUAAGACCGGUGCGGCUGGCAGUGAAGUUACAGACAAGUAACAAGAAGACCAAGAAGACGCCGAACAAAUAUACGCCGAGGAGAGGGGCCCCGAAGACGAAGAUUGCGGCUAUGAUGGGAGCCGCGAGAAGGGCCAAAUUCGUACGAGAGAAUGUCUGUCAACUUGCUGAAUUGCCGACUGACGACUUGAAGGAGAUUUGCCGUAAAGAAGGUGUGGACUACGGUAACAAGACCAUCGCAACCAUCAAUAUUGCCGAGAAACGCGGGAAGGAUGCUUAUGACGCAACAACGACCCGGAUGACUGUUGAGAUCGUGACACAAGAAGACGAAGAAGAUACGACAAUUUCCGAGGAUGAUGAAUCGCAAGGGGAGAACCUUGCCGCAUGAACCAGUGUGGACGAUGAACGUAUGUGGUUGCUGGUCUCAUGCUUGACGGAUAAACGAAGACAGUGUAA